CUCCACCCACACCCAGAUUCAGAUCCGUUAACUCUUCUUCCUUCUUCUUAAAGUACGUGCACUAAUUACCCAAAAUACCCUCUCAAAACACCAUAAUAACAUUUUAGUCCCCUCACUAAAUGUAAAAAAUUGCAAAGAUUGGGGUUUCUCUGCAAAUAGUAUUAAAUGUGUUACCAGCAUGUAAAAUUCCUUUCCUCUUCACUCUCCUUGCCAUUCUAAAUUUUUUGUAUGCUUUUUGACUUUGUACUUGGUUUUCCCAGAGAGAGAGAGAGAAUGGAGGGAGUUGGAGGAGGAGCGCACUACAAUCCUCGCACAGUCGAAGAGGUUUUCAGGGAUUUCAAAGGCCGUAGAGCUGGAAUGAUCAAAGCCCUCACCACAGAUGUUGAAGAAUUCUAUCAGCAAUGCGACCCGGAGAAGGAGAAUUUGUGUCUCUAUGGAUUUCCGAGUGAGCAGUGGGAAGUUAACUUACCUGCUGAAGAGGUGCCACCGGAGCUACCAGAGCCUGCACUUGGUAUCAACUUUGCAAGAGAUGGCAUGCAAGAAAAGGAUUGGUUAUCUUUAGUUGCUGUCCACAGUGAUGCAUGGCUACUUUCUGUCGCCUUUUAUUUUGGCGCAAGAUUUGGAUUUGAUAAAGCUGACAGGAAGAAACUUCAUAAUAUGAUAAAUGAUCUUCCAACAAUAUAUGAAGUUGUGACAGGUGCUGCAAAGAAACAUUUAAAGGAAAAGCCAUCAGGAAAUCAUGGCAGCAGCAACAGGUCCAAGUCAAACUCUAGGAUGCGGGGACCAGAAACUCAGGUAAAACAGCCAAAAUCAUUGGAGCCAAAAGAUGAAGACGAUGACUUAGAUGAAGAAGAUGAAGACGAGCACGGGGAAACAUUAUGUGGGGCAUGUGGUGAAAACUAUGCAUCAGAUGAAUUUUGGAUUUGUUGUGACAUCUGCGAGAAGUGGUUCCAUGGAAAGUGUGUGAAGAUAACCCCGGCAAGAGCCGAACAUAUUAAGCAGUACAAAUGCCCAUCGUGCAGCAACAAGAGAUCUCGCCCUUGAAAUGCUCAAUGAAUCUGAUGCAGACUUCUAGCUUUACGCUUGUUUGAAUGAAAUCUGCUAACUGCUUUGCAUAGUAGUCGUUCUUUCUUAGUUCUAGAAUUCGUGCAAACUUGUGAAUCUGUGUACCUUGUUUCAGGGGGAAUCUCAGUGUAAGUUUAGUACCAUUAAUGUUUGGAUGCCCCGCUCAUAAUUAAGUACAUUUUAAUUUUAGUUUCUCUAAUGGUUAAAUAGAUAGUCUUACAAAA